GGUUGGGUCACCGAACAGGUGGGAAGGGGGGUGGGGGGUGGAUGAUGGCGGAGCCGCGUCGGGUGCCGUUCAUUAGUCUGUCACCCGUGAGGCGACGAGAAGGUGAGUCUCCGGUGCUAGAGCGAGAGACUGGAGGAGGCCGCGAGACAGAGCAGCCAUUAGCGCGUGAGGGCCUGAAACUACCAGAUCAGCAGGACCACCGCCACCACCACCCCUAUGAGAAACAGUCGGGUAGGCCGCCAUCGCAACCCUUUGAAUCUUGUCCUCGGCCAGAGUCCUCAUCCGUGUCAUUGCCGCGGGAGAUCAGUCGGCCUGAGCUGACACCAAAGCCACCUCAGCCGCCACCCCACCUAAGUCCCCCAAGGCCAGAAGCACCGCCGCUCUCGUCUCAGCAGCAGCAGCUAAAUCAAGAGAACACCCACAGGAAUCGCCGCCCGCCGCCACCACCACUGGAUCAGACGGUUCGCUUUGAGUUGAUCUUGAAAGAUCCCACGGAGGAGAGCUGCGUGGAGUUCAGCUAUCCUGAGUUGCUCUGGAGUGGCAAGGCCCGGAAAAAAUCACUCAUUGAAGACCCAUUUGAUAAUGAAGAGCGAAGGCAUGAGGUGGAAAUGCUGGCUAAGAAAUUUGAAACAAAAUAUGGUGGAAAGAUCCACAAACAUCGGAAGGACCGAGCCCAAGAUCUAAUAGAUAUGGGUUCUGGUUAUGAUGUAAAUGAUCCUUUCAUCGAUAAUUCAGAAGCUUAUGAUGAAUUGGUUCCUGCAUCCUUGACUACAUAUGGAGGCUUCUACAUUAAUACUGGAAUUCUGCAAUUCCGCCAAGCAUCUGAUUCUGAAGAGGAGGAUUUUACAGGACGCAGAAAGCAUAAACCAUCUAAGUUAGGAAAACUAAAAGAUGGUGAUGACCGCAGUAUGAAGAAACGAAAGCGGAAAGAGGAAGAGGCAGAGAAGGACAAAAAGCCUCGGAAAAUUAAAGUUACCAAGCAGUUGGGGGUAAUAGCACUAAAUUCACACAAAUCUGAAAAGAAGAAGAAAAAAUUAUACAAGGAUUCUUUUUCAUUGGCUGCUAUGAUCCGAAAAUUUCAGAAAGAGAAAGAAGCCUUUAAAAAAAAGGAGGUUGACUUGAAUCCCACAGUAGCAGCUACCUGUUCUAUACCCAAUAAACUUCCUAUGGCUCCUACCAUUGGUGGUAAUGAUGUGUCCGAAUUGAAUCUCAGCAUUACAGAUCCAGUGCUUUCUAUUUUUGGCAGCACUAAUGAACGUGAGCUCCUGCAGGAAGCUGAAAGUGCCCUGGAGACUGGAGACAUUGAUUUUGCUAGGUUGCUUGAUGGUACCUCUGAUGAAAGCCCAGUAUCUGAUCCUUUAGGAGAAAAUGGAAGUGUCACUCAGCCCCCACAUACUGCUGAGGUCUUGACACUGAAACAAGUGCCUGCCCUCCCAGAAGGUCUACCAGGACAUCUAGAAAAGCGUAUUGAAGACCUUAGGAUUGCUGCCAAGCUAUUUGAUGAAGAAGGCAGAAAAAAAUUCUUUACACAGGAUAUGAUAUAUAUCUUGCUUGAUAUUGAGAUGCAGCUGCAGGAAUUGAAUCCUACUUUCCACAGUGGGGUGUAUUCUCAUCUUGAAGCUUUUGUGCCAUGCAAUAGGGACACAUUGAUAAAACGUUUGAAGAAAUUGCAUCUCAAUGUCCAGGAUGAUCGCUUGAAGGAACCAUUGCAAAAAUUGAAGUUGGCUAUCAGCUGUGUCAUGCCUGAACAACUAUUCAAAUACCAGGAAGAUUGCCAGGCACAUAGUCAAGCCAGGAAUGCCAAAAUGCAAGCAGAAGAUGAGCGAGACAAGAAUGGUUCAGAAGAGGAGGAUGACGAGAAACCAGGAAAGAGGAUUGCAGGUCCAAGAAAAAAAUUCCACUGGGAUGAGACAGUGAGGAUUUUGCUGUGUAACCUUGUCAAGAUAAAGCUGGAUUGUUAUGAGCUAGAGCCAAAUAAAAGUCAAUCUGCAGAAGAUUACCUCAAGACAUUUAUGGAGACAGAGGUGAAGCCUCUUUGGCCAAAAGGUUGGAUGCAAGUUAGGAUGCUCUUUAAAGAAAGCCGAAGUGUUCAUCAUCAUCUCACAUCUGCUCCGUGAGCAAAGAAAAAGGUGAUUCUGGCACCUAAACCCAAAGGAAAGGAAUCUUGUCCAAAGAAGGAGCAGAGAGUAUGUCCCCCUUUUACUUCAGCUUGUGUUCCUGCUUCAAGUACUAGCACACCUAUCAAUGCUGUAACCAGCUUUAUUCCAGCUCCAGAGACAAUUUGCUUAGAUGACUCACUGGAUGAAGAUCUGUCAUUUAAUCCGCCUUCACUGGAUUCUGUUUCUGAUGCUCUGGCUGCUAUUAAUAAUGGGGUCAAGAGUUCUUCUGCUAUGUCCACUGUAGACACAUCUGCUUCAAGACCUCGGGUAGGGCUAAGAGAAGAGAAGUUAGCAAGCAUAAUGAGCAAAUUACCUCUGUCAUCCUCAAAAAAAAUAGAGGCUGUUCAAACACAACAUUCAUCAAGUCUUAUAGCUGGACACACAGGACCAGUACCAAAGAUCCAGGAUUUGCUUCAGACUGGUAUCUCUUCAGGCCUUAUUGCUGGAUCUUCAAUUCAAAAUCCCAAGGUUUCCUUGGAACCAUUGCCAGCCAAGCUUCUGCAGCAAGGGUUACAGCGAUCAAGUCAAAUACAAGCUGCUUCUUCCCAGACCCAUAUUUCUUCCUCCUGCAAAGGGCAAGCUGCAGCUUCUCACUCACAAAGGCCAAAGGAUACAGUUAUGCUUGUAACCUCCUCAGAAGUCCAAAGCUGUGCCUCAACAGUACAAGUAGCAAAAGUUCACCAGCAGCCCACUGCCCAACAAAAAUAUGUGUCUCCUCUGCAAGUUACUAUUAGUAAAUCUCAAACCAAUCCAGUGGUAAAAUUAAGUAGCAAUCCCAAACUUUCCUGUUCUUCCCCAGUAACCAAGACUCAGCAUAUAAACCAGUAUGUAUACCGCCUUCCUUUGUCUAAUGCCACCUCUGGGAUCCAAAUGGUUUCACCCCUUGUGCUCGGACAACAUUCCUGCACCUCUACCUCUAGUAAUUAUUUGGCCAAGGCCAUGGUAUCACACGUUUCUGCCCAGGGUUUCAAGCCUCCUUUCUCCAUGGGUACCUCUCCUAAACCAGCUGUCUCUCCCAAACCCUCAGCACCCAAGCCUUCUGUAACAUCCAAACCUAUGCAUCCCCUUAAAUUGCCCUCGUCUAAAUCCCCCUCUACAAUCAAGCCCACAUCAUCGUCUAGUUCUUCCAGCCCAAGUACACUAGUAUCCCAGAACAGCCACUCCAACAACAAUUCCCUUCAUAAACAGUCAGUGGAGUAAGUGUCAACCGACCAAUCUUCCACAAUUAAUUUACUUUCCUCUAACCGAACCUCAGGCUUUCAACCAGCAAAGAAUCCUCAAGCCCCUUCUAAAUUAUCCAGUUCCUCUGCCUCUGCAACUGCUGGCAAAAAUAACAUAAGUGGAGUUGGAUUGAAUGUACCUAUCAAUAGGGGAAGCAGCUUAAAUGCAAGUGGGACUAGUAGAACUAAUCCCUCUGGAGCAGCAGGAAGUGGAGCACAGGGUGCUACUAAACAGUUAUCAACUCCACAUAGACCAUCUUCUGCCUCAGGGUCUACAGUUAUACCAGCCAGUGUACAGUCAACAACAGGUGCAUCAUUACUGGGAAAUGCUUCACCUUUGACUCUCAUGGCAUCACCAUUGUCUGUAACCAGUCAGAAUGUGACAUCUACUCCAUUGACUCCUUUUGGGAUGCUGGGGAGUCUUGUUCCAGUGACUAUGCCUUUUCAGUUUCCAUUGGAGCUUCUUAGCUUUGGAACAGACACGGCUGGAGUGACAGCCACCUCGGGAUCUACCUCAGCAGCUUUCCACCAUAGUAUAACUCAGAAUUUAUUGAAGGGUUUACAGUCAGGAGCUCAGCAUUCAGCAGCACUGUCUCAUACUCUGCCUGCUCAUUUGCAGCAAGCUUAUUCAGAUGGCCAAAGCAAAGUGGAUGCUAAGUUACAGAGGAAAACCCAGUGAUGUCCUGCUAAAUAAGGGAGUAAAUGUGGUUCUACUUUGCUGAUGGAGAAUGACCAGUUGGGAAAGUGCUUACUUGGACACAGAGCUGCUGUUUCUGUCAAUGUUUACAUAUUCUGAUCCUAAGCACUGUGGUGAGGACAAAAAAAAAUACUUGAUCAAAGAGAGAAGAAAAAGGAGGAAAGUGUUCUUAUAAAAAAAAUUCAUAGUUUGAUUUGUUUUCAGGACAGUUCUCAAAGCCUUUUAUCCCAAUUGUCUCAGAAAGGGUUGGCCAAACAGGUUCAGUUGUCAAACCUACAGCAACCCAAACCUUUUUGCAGGCUGAUGUCUGAUAAAGGAACUAUGAAAGGAAACUAAAAUAGACAUCUGUAUCCACCAUGCAAAUAAGGCCAUUCGUUCAGCCAUGUGGAGACUUCAGGAAAGUCUACAAGCUAUAGCAGUUAGAAACAUUCUCUGCAAGUUUGAAUAAGGUGAAGUAUAGAGGAGAAAAAGUGUUUUAUAUCAGCAUAAAAGGAAGUACUCAUUUUCUCUACCCAAAAUCAAAGCUGCUUGUUUGCUUUUGAAGAGCCUGAAGAUAUACAUAAUUUGCUUUGGGUAUAUUUCCCUAGAUACUGUAACUGAUCAGGACAGAGAAUUUCUAUUUCAGAUAAGAUUUAAAAAAUGGAGACUGUUUUGUAAUCACACCAUUUUAGUGGAACUUAAAAUCUUCCUUUUAAUAUCAAAAUUUCAGAUAUAAGAUUAGCUUGAAUUGGCUUUAUCAGAGCAUACCUUUGUGUUCAUUAUCUUUGAUGGAAGUUUAUUUAUCACUUUUAGAUUUGCUGAACCAUUUCAGAGUUGCCUUAUUUUUCAUAUAAUGAUAGAAUGUAGAGAUAUUCCGUUUCUCUCCUUGUGAAGAUAGUUUCGGAUUCUUCUUCCUCUUCUAUUAGCUUUGAGAAGAUAUAUGCUGUAUUGAUUCCUUACAGCUUUUCAGUAAGACCUUUUAUCAGAACUGUUCAAAGCUCUCUCCAAAGAGUAUAGUUGAGGUGCCUUCUGUUUAGGCUUUAACAUUCUUAUUCCCAGUAUUCUUUAAAUCUGCUAAGCUGGGAGAUAUUUGAUUUGUUUUGCUUGAACAUACAACUUGUAGGCUGGCUUUGAUUUUGAAACCAUUAUGUUAGAGUCUAGGAAAGAAAUGUAGGAACUGCUUUGUAUUGCACUCAUUAAUUAACGCAGAAGAAAUGUAUUUCAGGAUGUAAUUCUGGGAGAAAUAGUCAAAACAAUGUCACAUUAUGUUGUAAAUGUUUCAGUGGAGGUCAAAUCUAGAAAUCAUAGUUUAAUUCCCCAAACUAAAACCUUUUCUUUAAUUUAAAUCUGAUACUUUAUUUUUUAGUAAGAGUUGGUUUUUUAAACAUUCCUGGCGAUAUGGUCAUCAUCCAGCAGAAAUAUGUACGUAUGCCAGCAUGUUUUGCUGGAGGCUUAUUUAAUUCCAACUGCAAUCUCUUGUGCUGCUCUAAAGGGAAACACAUUUUAAAAAGACAACUAUCUGUAUCUAUUGAGCAGCAUUAAUUGCUACAGUAUGAAACUCAGUAAUAUUUAUGGCUUCCUAUAGAAUUCUUCUUUUUAUGUGCAUAUAGUUUUACUGUAUGGUGGCCAAGAUAACUCUUCUGCUGUUUUGUGACAGACAUGUAUUUAGUUAUCAAGUUUACAAAGAUAUGUUAUUUCAUCUUUAAAAGCCAGGUAACUAAUCUUACUAAUUCAGAUUACUACUUAUCAUAUUUGUAAAACAUGUGUAUAUUUAAAUAAUAUAUAAUAUAAACAUGGUAACUGAAUGUUGGGUUGACCCUAUUAAUUUUUUUAAAAACUUGCACAAAAUAUGGAUUAAAAAUAGUCAAAUCAAUCUUGAUACAAGGUUAAAAAAACAUAACUGUUUGAUAGUUUGGUACAAGAAACUACAAAGUUCAGCAUGUUUUUGCAUCUGCAAAGCCUUUGUUUCUUCUCCUUUCAAUAUUAAUAGGUUAAUUUUAUUCUCUUGAUUGAUUUACUUCAUUUCAAAGGUAAACAAAAUAUUUUCCAUGAGCAUAUCCUACAAAUAGCCAAAUAUACAGUUCUCACUGAGAGACUUACUGUUACAUAAGUUGUUUCCUUUUGGCAACUUCAAAUCUGUAUAUUUAAGCAUGCACACACAUAAGCACAUAUAAAAAAAUAUAUUUGGAAGAAAAGAUUUAAAUAAAAAUUAUAUUUGAAACAAUGGUUUUAAAAUAAAAAUGAAAUUAUCAUUAAAAAAGAAGCAUAAUAAGACCCUGACAUUCCAUAUUACAUUAUGAAAGCUAAAUAUUAAGUAGUUAGUAACUUUAGAUUUAGUUUUCCCUUAUACGCAAUGAUAGAAAGUGUGAAAGGUAAAACAUUUUAAAAUAGAGAUUUACUUUUGAUUCCACACCUUUUUAACCCUUUUAGAAAUAAUACACAGUACAGAAUAGAAUUAGUAGGAAUUAUAUGUUUCUGAUUAUGUUUUUCCAUAAAUUUAAAGCAAAAUAUUUGGUGGCAGAAAAUGGUUUAUGUUAUAUUAAAAGAGUGAAAUUUUUCUCAUAAAAUCAAAUACACAAGUGGCUUUUUAGUUGGUCUUCAGUAUUUGCCAUGUAGAAUUUAAUGGAAGCACAUUGAUUGAUUUGAAUUUAUGAUUCUUAUUACAUGGCAGGCAGUUGGGGGCCCUCUUUGUUUUGCUAAUAUGUGAAGAGAGUUCAGCUCUUUCCAGCUUAAUAGCAAACGAGUAUCUGGAGACAUAAUGCCAUGAAAUAAAUGAUAGAAAACAAUUACUCCUGAUGUUCUCAAUAAACAAGAUUGUUAUGAUUAGAAUAAAUCUAAACAAUAACUCCAUGAGCUUCUCUACAAUGGACAUAAGGACUUAAAAAAGAUAAUCAGAACUGAAAAGAGCAGAUAGAAUAUCAGCACCAUUACAAUGCAAGAGAGAUAUACUUCCUGCAUAGCAAUUUUUAAUUUAGAUAUUUUUAACAGCCUAGUUUGUCUUAAAAUGUAUUUGGAGAGUUAAAUAGCUCUUAUGUUAAAUCUUUUCAGUAUUCACAAGCAAUAAAAAAGGUACAGUUUUCGUUCUGAAUUUAAAUUGUUUUGAGAGUUAGGGCUAAAAUAAUGAUCUUACACUGAGCCUCAAAUAUAAGCAAUAAUUUUGACAUACAGGUUUUGAAUUUCAGAAUCAUUUAAAUUAUGUGUUUCUUGUCCCAAUGGUGACAGUUAGCAAUUCCUUAAGUUAUCUUGGAUCUUUAUGAAAUAUAGGGAGAGUAUAUAAACAAUGAACAAAGAACUGUCUUAACAAUGCAUACUUUCAUCCCCGAGAUAAUAUUUGAUGGAUUAAAAUCAUUCCUUUUUCAGCCUUUUAUAUAGUCUUGUUUCUAGCAAGACAGAUAGGAAUGUUGAGUCAAAAUCUCAGGUGUGGGUGCUGUGGGUUUGACAUCUGUUUCCAUGAAAUUAGGGUUUAAUUUAUUCAGUAGGCUAUGAAUGGGGCAGGUAAUCAUGGUAUACUUCUUCAAACUCUUAGCUGACUACUCUAACCUCCAUUUAGCCUCUCCAUUUGAUCCAAAGUGGUUGAUAUUAAAAUAAUUCUCGAAUCCCAAGCUACUAUAAGCUACAUUGAAUCAUAAUCAGAUGGUAGUUUGUUAGGACUCACAGUUAUUUACUAUGUUUGCUGCUACAUUCAUUAAAAUAUUUUUGAUUAUAUUUAUAAACACAUUUAAAUCUAGUUUACACAGUGAUUUUUAGAACUGUUUCCCCAGAAAAAAAAUAGGAUGUUAGUUUUUUGGAAUGUUGACAAAUGAUAUAAUUAUUACUCUUAUUUUUGAACUUUUCAGAAUAGCGGUGCAGGAAAAAAAUCAUGUUAAAUUUUGGAAAGUUUUUUUAACCUAGCUAUUUACAUAACUUGUUAUGUUGGAGGUCACAGACCACUUUUCAUUUUCCAAAAACUUAACACCAAGAUUAGAGUAAUAAAUAGAUAACAUAAAAUGUGUAUGCAAUUAUUAUUGUAUGACCUUUAGAUUUUUUUAUAUAUAUACUUUAGUUCUAUCUCUAAAUGGAGUUACUCCUCCAACUUACUUGAUUCAGGCUUUUGGUUAAGUGCCUUUUCUUUUUGUUCCCUCUUAUCCCCACAAAGUAUAUUCGGAGGUCCUAAAAGUGUUUGGAGACAUUUGGAAAGUUCUUGAUCCUGCCCAAAUGACUUUAUGUUGUUAAAAUAAUGUUACCCUUCUGUAAUUAGUCUUCAGUAUGUGUAAUGUUAUAACUGCUGUUGCAUAACUGUCAUUCUUAUGUGCUUGUUCUUUGCACACAGCACUAUUUUCCUUAUGUUGAAUCUGUUUUUUGUAGUAUUAAUGUUUACUUCUGAAAAUGAACUUUGGCACAAUUUAUAAAACAGUGUAUUUGAGCAACUGUAAUGAAGUGGUUUAUAGUACACUAAGCCAUUUCCACUGGAGUUUCAGAUUGUAAUUUAAAAUACCAGUCUAAUAAUCAUAAUGUUAAACCAGCCAUUCUAAAAUUUGACAUUUUUCCCUGUGACAGAGAAAGAGCAGAAUAUUUCUUCACAUUAAAAAUGUUAUAAAUUUAUAUUUGAAUGGUUACAUACUAGUAGACAAUAAAAUAUUUUAUAUUUCUGCAAUAAUAUUUUCAUAUGGCCUCUGAUGCCUAAGAAGCCUAUUGCUUCACUCUAGGAAGCUGCCUGUUGAUGGUGACAGUGAGUUAAUCUUCUAAAGUAAAAUUUUAGUUUUCCAUGCACCAAAUAUGCAAGAACUUCUUUGCAUUGCUCAGAUACAUAUCUUUAGAUACAUUGUAAAACAAAAUUUUGCUUUAAGUAACAAAUUGGCUAAAUCAGAGAAUAGCAGUAUGCUUUUAAACAAAAGAAAUAACAAGAUUUCACUGUUGUUGUUUUUUACCAAAUCUGUUGCCAAGAUCUGUGACAAAUGUAAGAAUGCAACCCAUCAAUCAAAAUAAGUAAUCAUACAUUUUUUUUAAAAAAAUGUAUUUGUAAAAGUUUUAACUUUUUAAAACUACCAUAUAUUAUUAUUAAGGUUCUACUGAUCUUUAAAACAAAUAUAAGUUGCAUUCUAUUUCAAAUCAAUUCUGAAUGGAUGGUUGAAUACUCAAAUAAUAUUGAAUACUGCUAAAAAUUAAAGAACUAUCUUUUGUUCAGAUAAAACAAUUUGGUAUGAUAAAGGAAUAUAAAGUAUUUUAUAUAAUUAGUUAACAUGUUUCUAAUUGCAGUGACAGAUAAGAAAGGAGAUUGAAUUUCCUGCAAGAGUCUAAAGAAACUUCCUUAUAGCGAGGAAAUUCUUACUAGAAAGAAAGGAAUCAGUUGUCAUGCUGAAGUUUAUUGUAAACUAUAUAUUUGGUUUUCAAAAUUGAGUUAUUACAACUUUGAACCAUUUGUUCCUAUUUUUUAAGAAUUAUUUCUGAAUGUAUUUCUCAGGACACUAUUGCUUAGGGUUUUUUAUAUACUUUUUAACAAUCUUUAGAAGUUGGAGAAACUAGGAUUCUCAUCAGUUUCAUCUGGGGCGAUUUUUGUUCAAUGAAAUAUCUUUGUUCUAUGUAACAAACACACUUUUGGAGCUUUGUAUCCCACUUAUAAUUCUUUAUAAUUCUAAUUCUCUGCAGUGCUCCUGAAACAAUAUAGGUAAUAUAUACUUUGUGUUAUAAAAUUUUGUUUUUUAUAAUACAUUAGAUAUUUUAAUUUGGUGUGGUAAAAAGGAAAAUACUUGAUUGUCUCAUCACACAUUGGAAUAGUUGAGAAAAGUCAGCUAAUUUAUAAAUAAAGAUUGUAGGUAAGGCUCUCAGAUUUUAGAGAUGGUUGGUCUUUAGUACAUUAGCAUUUUCUUUCCAGCACUGCCUUUCUCUGUAAUGCUUUAGUUUGAUUUUAGUAAUCAGUACAAUUAUUACAAAACUCCAUUUUUAGUAUUACAGAUACCACCACCUCCCGGCUAUUGUUAAUAUCUACCCAAAGAAACAUGACAAAGCUUUUUGAAUGUGUGUAUUAUGAAAAUAUUUUUGUAAAAGUGAAAUUAAAUAUUAAAUAGCAGGAAAAUUUUCACCACAAUGAUAGGGUUCUGAGAAACUAGGUUUUUAAAAUCUGAUGGUGACUUUUACUGACUAUAAUCAAAAAUGCAGAUAAAGAACUAUUUCCCAUUUGAAAUUAGUAAAUCAGAUAAGUGUUUCACCUUUGCAAAGAGGACAAUUAGUUAAUUAGAUCUGCAUUCACAAAGAUGCUUCUUUAGAGAAGUGAUCUGAAUAUCUUUCUUCUUUGGCACUUUUCAGCAGUGAAUUGAAGAAUUCAGAGGAUUAAAGAUCAUGUUGUGGAAGCUGGUGCUCUUUUGUAUGUAUUUUCAGUCAAGAACAUUUACUUAAAAUAAAUUUAAUUUAAAUUUUUGAGCAGUGUUACAUAUUGCAUUUAUCAUCAAACAUGUUUUAAUCAUAUUCAGUACCUAAG